AUGAGACGCCACUUUUGUGCUGGAAAUGAAGCGAGCGAUGCCAUGGAGUACGACGUGGUCGUCGUUGGGGCUGGCCCUGCGGGUUUGUCUACAGCCAUCAAACUCAAGCAGCUCGCUGCGGAACGCAACGUUGAGCUUUCCGUGUGUGUCAUCGAGAAGGGAGCUGAGGUUGGAUCCCAUAUCCUCUCUGGAAACGUGUUCGAGACCAGAGCACUGGACGAACUCUUCCCCAACUGGAAGGAGCUCGGUGCUCCCCUCGAGACCGAGGUUACGCAAGAUCAGUUCGCUAUUCUCACCGGCGACAACGGAUCGGUUAACAUCCCCUCAUGGGCGCUUCCGAGCAGCCUCAAUAAUCAUGGGAACUACAUCAUCUCCCUGGGAAGGCUCUGCAAGUGGCUGGCUGAACAAGCAGAGAACAUGGGAAUUGAAAUCUACCCAGGAUUCGCUGCUAGUGAGGUCUUGUACAACUCGAAUAAGAGCGUCAAGGGGAUCAAGAUCAAGGAUGUAGGAAUUGACAAGAAUGGGCAGCCCAAAGAUACUUUCACACCCGGUGUAGAGCUCAGGGCGCGACAGACAGUCUUUGCUGAGGGAUGUCGUGGCUCUUGCUCAGAAGAGAUCAUCAAGGAGUUUGAUCUUCGGCAAGGCAAGGACAUGCAAACGUACGGAAUCGGUUUGAAAGAGGUCUGGGAAAUUCCGGAAGAGAAUCAUAAGCCAGGUUUUGUUCAACAUACGGUUGGAUGGCCUUUAGACACUCAGUCAUAUGGUGGCUCGUUCUUGUAUCAUAUGAAGCCGAACAAGGUCUUGGUGGGCUUCGUUCUCGGUCUAGAUUACAAGAAUCCUUAUCUGUCGCCUUAUCAAGAGUUUCAGCGAUGGAAGCUCCAUCCGUCCAUCCGACAGCAUCUGGAGGGCGGCACUUGCAUUUCAUAUGGAGCACGUGCGCUGAAUGAGGGUGGUUUCCAAGCAAUUCCCAAACUCACUUUCAAAGGAGGGUUGCUUGUGGGCUGCUCCGCAGGAUUUCUCAACGUUGCAAAGAUUAAGGGCUCUCAUACUGCCAUGAAAAGUGGAAUGAUUGCAGCCGAAGAGGUCUUUGCGGCUUUGUACAAUCAAUCGGAUGAAUCAGUGUUUAGCGGCAAAUCGGUGGAUACCUUUGAAUCACUGGAAGUGAAAGGAUAUCAGAAGUCUAUGGAAAACUCGUGGGUCUGGAAGGAACUGAACGAGGUUAGAAAUGUUCACCCAUCCUACAAGUGGGGAUUUUACGUCGGAUUGCUUUAUUCCGGACUCACUCUGCGAGUAUUUGGUGGAGCAGAGCCGUGGACAUUUAGGAACAAGAGCAUUGGAGAUCAUGCAACGACGGGCAAGAAAGAUCAUUAUACACCGAUCGAGUACGCAAAGCCCGACGGCAAGAUCACGUUUGAUAUUCUUACGAAUUUGACGCGAAGUGGAGUUUACCACGAGGACCAACCAGCUCACUUGAAAGUCAAGCCCGAGCUAGUCGAGUGGCCUGCCUCCAUCUCUUAUCAGGAAUACGGAGCUCCUGAAACUCGCUUUUGCCCGGCCAAGGUUUAUGAAUAUACUGUAGAUGAACAAACAGGCAAGACAGAGCUCGUUAUCAAUGCUCAGAACUGUGUCCAUUGCAAAACUUGCGACAUCAAGACUCCAGGAAAUUACAUUAAGUGGACUGUACCAGAGGGAUCUGGAGGCCCUCAAUACGACUCGAUGUAA